AUGUUCGUUCAUUCGGGGAUUCCGUUUCUCUUAGACAGCCAGGGAGGCAAUCCUGCGACGGGAGACAUUUCCGGCAGAGAUGCGUUUGGUGCUGAUCCGGCAGUCGCGGGCGUGGACCUAUUAACUAAUACGUCCGGGCGGCGGCAUGAGUUAGACCGUUCCGGAACGGGUAGCAGCUGCGGUGAUCGACCAUCACGUGGACAUAGUUUUCGCCGAACUGAUUCAACCAAUUCGGACCAGCCUCUGCUGAUGUUUUCGAAGACAGACGAUCCCGCUGCUUAUGGAUCUGGUCAACUGGAGGAGGGUGGUCCGCCUACAUUCAUAACGCAGGGUCCGCCGGUCCUUCAGGCGGCGGAAUCCGAGACAGGCUCUUCGUCGAUGAGUACAAUGCCGAGUGCAUCCUUCCCUGUUGCGGACUCCUGCUCGACAACAACAGCCAGCAUGGAGAACUUGAUAAGCCAAACAGGAACUUCUGUUGCCUUGCAAAGCUCGGGAUCUCGUUUCGGUGAACGAGUGUCACAGACAUCACAGUCGUGUAGGGCAGGAGGCUCUGGUUCGCAAGCGGGACGCGGCGAAAGCUUCUAUUGCUCAUCUGAUCAGCGAAUACCCAUGGAUAGAGCAGAUGCUCAACACAGGACGACUGGGGGUAACGUCCCGACUGACUGCCUUGGUCUUUGGCAGGGGGGCACGCCCUUGCAUGUGGCACCGGAACAAUAUCGUGUGGUGUACCCACAUCAAGGCCAUAGUUCCGAGAUGCAAAGAAAGUGGGAACCAAGCACUGGACAAUAUCAGCCGCCUGCGGGGACGCCGUAUUUAGGGACGGCCUACCAUUGGUCCGGUGACUGGUUUGGUGCAGAACAACAUGAAGGCGCGUGUAAAAACACACUGUGUUUUGAUCAACGUGACACCGAAGGCACCAGCGAAGGCGCUGUACCAGGGACUCGAGACGAUCAUGCCAGAGCUCUGUCGGAUUCGGGAGUGAUGUCACUGACGACUGAUGCAUACUUUUCAGCAGCACACUCUGAAGCUGUUUCGCCAGCAUCAUCAGUGCCGUCAGAUAAUGGCUGUGCCAUCCAUCGUGGAGUUGCGGGUGAUGAGGUGUCUCCAGCUACUGCAGAAGGAAAGCAGAACGGGGUCUCCCCUGCGGGCAGCAGUGUUUUCAGAUCUUCCUCUUCUCUGGUCCCGCCGACGGGAAACUCCACAGCAACAUCUUCACCUGGAACUUUAGCAGACGCCAGCUGCAAUGGUUCACUUGCAGCUCCUGACGAAUCUUGUGUUCUGCCAAGUAGGACGACUGGGACCAGCAGCAGCAGUGAUUCCGGUGAUUCCCAUUCGGAGGGGGGUGAGGGAUCUGAAGGGGGGGAUCGGUGCAUCACGGAGCUCACGAAGGGAAACAGGUGCAUUCGAGGCGCACCUCGGGCCACAGUGCAACAGCUGUAUGGUCAGACAUACGAUCUAGAGGCAUUGGCUCUCGAAAUUGACCGUACCUCUCUGGAUGCUAUGGACACGGGCGAGAUUAGAAGAGAAUACUAUCCGGGUGUGAAGUUCCCGGUUGGCGAUCUAGGUCGUAAACUACUGUUGAUCGCUGUGCGAGAAAAGAUGGAGGCCGGCACAUGCGGACAACUGAAGUUUCUCACUUUGACAGACUUGUUCCGCCUGGCAUACGAGCUGGGCAUGUGGAGCUUUGCAUUGAAAGUCUCGAUGGCAUACAAAGCUGGAGGCCUCCGUAUUCCAAAAGGAGGCCUAGGGGGUAGUGGAAGAGGAGGAAGCGGAAGGGAUGAAUUAUGGUGUGCCAAAGAGAGCCGUCGCCGCCGAAAAGGACGAAAAAGCAACAGAUCUAGGACAAAAGCAGGCGGCUGCAGAGUCGCGAAGGCAGAACAAGAUGAGGAUGUUCAAGAGGACGACGAAGAGGAGGAGGAAGAACAUCCUGAUACCAUGACAUGGCAUCUUCAAAGAGAAUUCCAAGAUCGAGGUGCUAGAGCUGAAUUUGGUGAGGAACCUCGCGAGAUAAACGAAGGACACUUCGUUAGUGAGACAGACGGCAAAGGAAUGAAAGAGUGGGGUCUAGAGGACAGGAACGGAAUAUACAGCCAUGGAAUAUCUGAAGGCCGGAUAGAGAGCGGGGAGAGUGGCGACUUCAGAAACGGUGAAGCCCCGUCAAACCAAAAAACGCCGGAAGGCCUUGCGUGCGGUGAGCCUGUCCAGUUGCCAAGCUUGCUGCCAGAGGAAGAGAGUCAGCCCGUGUCUCAUCAUGGACAGUUAUUGGGUGAACGCCUGACGCAACAACCACAAGGACUGAAGGGGCAGUUUGACUUCGAGGGUUAUGUGAAGCACGAAGGCGAACUACGAGCAGCCCAGUGGGCGAGGCAGACACAGCCUCUGGCGGUAGGAGGAGACGUAGAUGAAACAGAAAGCCAGUCAACUAUGCAGUUGAGGGCAAGAGCGAGGCCUGCUCGAGUGAGAAGGGGGAAGAAAAGAAGUCGAGCGCAGAAUUUCGAGGGGGAUGAGGACGACGCGAUGACGUGGGAGACUGAUGGGCAAGCAAUUGUAGGUGGGAGGUAUGACAGUGGGCUCUCGGCUGAAGGCUCGUUCAGCGGUGACAACCACGCUGUGUUGAGAGACGUUUCCAGUACUUCUUCCGUUUUUGUUCAUCCCAAAACACAGGACGUGGAAGCGGGCGUGGUGUCACCGGGCAGAAGAGAGGUCGGGCCGAGUUCGGAGAAGGUGGCGAGAGUAGAUGGGAACAUGAGUUGUGGUUUCGAAUUGGCUGACCGUUUUGAUUCAGCCACUUCAGGUUCACGCGAAUUCCACUCCCUUCAGUCUGCCGGUGCUUCUGAUUCCAAGAUGAUGUCAGUUCUUCAUGUGUCGGGUCCGCAAAGUGGCGUAGAUAGGGGAGACCAGACCGCCGAAGAGGGUGGACUGCUUCCGCCACCUUCUGAUGCAGUGGAGAACGGAUGUCGGAGCUCGGUAUCGCCGGCAGACUUUGCAAUUAAAGACUUGUAUUUUUACGACCAGUUACGGUGCGGCGGUCAGGAGGGUGCAGGGGCAGGAAGGACAGAUCUGAACACCUCUACACUUGGGGAUGGGAACGUGGAUUUGCAGAUUUUUCGUCCUCAGGCAGGCGGGGUAGAUUACAGCUUGAAAGGCUGCAUUCCGGACGAUUACAGCCGAACGGUUGAGCAAGAAGAGCAGAUAAACCGUGCAUCCUUUUGUCAAGCAGCAGAUGAGGCUGGCGUCGCUGUCGGCGAGUGGAUUGGUGGGAACCAGUAG